AUGGUGCUACAAACAGUAGAUAUUUUGAAAAAUGAGAUUCCUUUUGAGGAGGAAUCUGUGUUCGUAUCCGAUGAUUCUAAGGCCGGUUUAGUUCUUGUUGACAUCAUUAAUGGCUUCUGCACUGUCGGAGCUGGCAACUUGGCUCCAAGAGAACCAAACAAGCAGAUUAGUGAGAUGGUUGAUGAAUCAUCAAAACUAGCAAAAAUAUUCUGUGACAAAAAGUGGCCCGUGAUCGCCUUUCUCGACUCGCACCAUCCCGGGAAAAUCGAGCACCCUUAUCCACCACACUGCAUCAAUGGCACAGAUGAAUCGAACCUAGUUCCCGAAAACGUGGUCGUGUACUCGAGAGGAUGUGCUACUUUUGAUUUUCCAGCCUCAGUGGCAAAUAGCAGCAAGGAUCAAUUAGCUCAUCCACAGGAACUGAUGCAUCACGUGGGUCUUUACAUGGCCAAGGGACGAGGAGCCAAGAUCGCUAGGCAAGUGUCGUUUGAUGAAAAUCUAGAGGCUAUGAACUAG